UCAUCCACGGCCUCAUUUAGCAGGAAGCGGCGUGCUGGUCGCCGACAGGUGGAUGUUUUCAUCACUCAACGCGGUGACAACCGUAAGCGCCAACUUCAAGCCAAUAUCCGCGAAAUUUACCAUCGUAUUCGAAGGCACCAUCUGUUCGCCAAAUGGAAUCGAGUAGGGCAAAUAUAUCGUGAUAAUGACGCCUUAAUUGACGUCCAGUUAAAUUCUGCAAAACAGCUCAAUUGGAAAGUGAGGGCCAGAUUGGACGGCGAUGUAUGCAGCAGCGCAAGUUCUUCCAUUACACCACCGUUACUGGCUGCGCCGGUUGAAAUACCACAGCUCUAUAGCCAAAUGGGUCGAUUUGAUGCAAAAAUAAAUGGAGUGAUCGCCCGCGUUGGCGUCUCUAUGAUACCACCGGUUGAUCGCGUUCCCACAAUGUGUAGUUGGGCGCCGGUUCAACAAAACUUUUCUGUGGAGGAUGAAAUUGAGCUGGCUAAUUUGCCUUACAUCGGGGAUGACCAGGCUCAGGAAGACGUCUCUUUCCUAGAAGAACUGCUCAACAACUACGAUGGUCGUCUUCACGGUAACUUCCCCUUUGACUUUGAAGAAGAGCUAACUGUGGAACUGGUCGAUGCCGUUGCUUCUGAUUGGGCAAAUAUUUCUGGCAAACAGGAGAGUUCCAGCAUGGAAGCCCACAUGGCUUCAGAAGGAUCUGAAGAAACUCCCAUUUCUACUCUGUCGCCGGCUUCAAAAAGACGGCGUAUUGAUGUCUCAAACAAGACUCCCAAUACAUCGGAGACACGUGAAGAAAGUUCUGCAUCUCAAAGUGAGCCUGGUCAUGUAGUAGGAAAAGCAGGAUUGAAUGCUAAAUUUCCGGGAGAACCGAAAUUGUCGGUGUCUACUUCUCCACCUGCACCAAAUACCCCUAAAUGCCAGUCCAGUCCUUCGAAGAGCGUUUCUGCAUUGACUCUCGCCCCCUCUCCUCUCUCUGAGGCAAACAAAUCACGUCUUCUUGGUGACACGGGGGUUUCAGAUGCCGUGUUUUUGGCUAUUGCCUCAACUUUUGGAUCUUCUGAGGAUUCCAACAAGUUGCAGAUUCGCUACUGUGACAUGAAAACUAGGCGAAGCGCUUCAAGCAUUAUUGAGACAGGAAGCCCAUCAUGUCCGAAUUUAGACAACCCGGCCGAGGUGAAAGCAAUGUGUGAACGAAAUCAAAAUAAGCCAUCUCGCCAUGACGCCUUGCAUACCUUCCGUGCUCUCUUCUGUCGUCGUUGUUUCAAAUAUGACUGUGCCCUGCAUCCGUAUAAAUCAACGCAGACUAUGUGGAGUCACCGGUGGCCUGUCAAAUCAUGGGCAGGCUCAAAUCUUCCAAUCUGCAGUCCAGAUUGUGUCCGCGCUUGCCGUGGCUCAGGUACAGCGUCAUUAGCUCAGGAAGUGAAACAAGGGGAAGAGGAUACUGAUUGGGAAAUUACGGAGCAAACUCUUUUUGAGGUGCUUGCGCCUCUCUAUAUCCCCUUCGGACAACCCAGUUUUUCCAAUAAUAACUGGUGUUGCGUCCUCGCUGAUUUUAUUAGUACCCGGACCUGCAGGGAGAUAUAUCGUCAUUGCAUGCGACAGAUCUCAAUUGAUGCCGCUGCAUUGUUUGGACCAGACACAGGACAGAUAUGUCUUGUCACUCAACGCAAUAGCGAAUUUCCUAGCUCCAACAACGGCAAGGGACCCAUUGAAGGCGCUUUUGACACGGGAACAACCAAUUCAGAUGCGGAUGUACAGCUAUCAGAUGGCGAGGGCUGUACUACGACAAAUGGCGUGAAUGGUGAAUUGACAGGCCUCGUAAUCGGAGGAAAGAAGAAAAAGAAGAAAGGAAAACGGUCCAGGUUUUCACAAAUUAGACACCCACUGGCGUCGCGCCGCUCCGGUCCUUUGGGUAAUGGCCACGGCAACGAAGACGACGACUCCCAGUCCGGCCACAUGGGACAGGCUGCGCACGGCAAUGAGCUAGCGAGCGGGUGCUUUGCCCACCAAUUCCAUCCCUGCGACCACCCUGGUUCGCGUUGCGAUGAGUUUUGCUCCUGCAGGCAGGCGGGGACGUUUUGUGAAAAAUUUUGUCAGUGCCCCAGUGACUGCUCAAAUAGAUUUACCGGAUGUCGCUGCCGUGGUCAGUGCAACUCGCGUUUGUGCCCUUGCGUGCUCGCGGUUCGUGAAUGCGAUCCAGAUCUUUGCACGUCUUGUGGAGCGGGCGUACCUGGUCAACCUCUGCUACCACAAGAGGGUCCGAAUCAUUGCAACGUCGCAGGCGGUUGCUCAACUACGACGUCAACGACCUGUCGCAAUGUAGCCAUACAGAGGGGCUGGCGCAAACACUUGCUAAUGGCACCUUCGGAUGUCGCGGGGUGGGGCAUUUUUAUGAAAGAGGGUGCUGAAAAGAACGAGUUCAUCUACGAGUACUGUGGGGAGAUUAUUAGUCAGGACGAGGCGGAUCGACGAGGGAAGAUUUAUGAUCGAACAAUGAGCAGCUUCUUGUUUAAUCUUAAUCGGGAUUUCGUUGUGGAUGCCACACGUAAAGGUAACAAAAUCCGGUUCGCCAAUCAUUCCGUCAGUCCUAAUUGUUACGCUAAGGUGAUGAUGGUCAACGGUGAUCACCGGAUAGGAAUAUUUGCUAAACGCGCCAUUCAGCCAGGCGAGGAACUUUUCUUUGACUACCGGUACGGCCCAACUGAACAGCUGAAGUAUGUUGGAAUCGAGCGAGACGCCGAAAUCGCCGUGGCCACACAGGCCGAGGCGGUGGCACUAAUAAAUGGUGGCAUUAGUCCGGGUGCCAUAACCGGGACUCCGGAUUGCACUAUUGGCUGUUAG